ACUAUGCUGACUUUCCAAACAACAGGCGCCCUUGCUGGAAGAGCUGUAGAGACGGUUUUCAGCAUCUCUGUGUUCAUCCCAUCACAGGGUGACUGGUUCAUUUGCCUUUCGAUCCUAAACAGUAAUGCAUCCUUUCUUUUUGUUUUCAACCCUAGGGGUUGCCCUGCUCUCAGAUGUCUAUCCUGAGAAAAUCUUGCCAGACCUGUUGGCUCAGUAUGACAGCAGCAAAGACAAGCACACACCAGAGACCAGAAUGAAAGUCGGGGAAGUCCUGAUGCGAAUCGUCAGGGCGUUAGGAGACAUGGUCUCAAAGUACCGAGAACCUUUGAUCCACACCUUCCUGAGGGGAGUGAGAGAUCCCGACGGUGCUCACAGGGCCAGCAGCUUGGCCAACCUUGGGGAGCUGUGCCAAAGGCUGGACUUUCUGCUGGGCUCCGUGGUCCAUGAGGUAACAGCUUGCCUGAUUGCUGUGGCCAAAACAGACGGUGAAGUUCAAGUACGCAGAGCUGCCAUACAUGUGGUUGUGCUGCUGCUUCGGGGACUCAGCCAGAAAGCUACUGAGGUGCUGAGCGCCGUCCUCAAGGAUCUCUACCACCUGCUGAAGCACGUGGUGCGUCUGGAGCCCGAUGACGUGGCCAAGCUCCAUGCCCAGUUGGCCCUAGAAGAGCUGGAUGACAUCAUGAAAAACUUCCUGUUCCCUCCACAGAAGCUGGAGAAGAAGAUUGUGGUCCUGCCAUAGACCUGGCUCCAAGGACAUGGAGGAGGCAGGCAGGGCCAGGCACCCAGAGCCAUGCCGAGGUCUUCUGGCAGGUGUCCCUGCUGCCUCUUGAGUGCUGGCAGCAUGGCUGACCCUUGGGGUGGCUUUAUGGUGCUGGUCACUUGGGUCUUCAGGGUCCCUUCCUAAGGCAUCUGUUUAGCACUCCCUCAUUCAGCCUGAAAGGUGUGCAGUUAAGAGAAAACAAUUAGCUGGGCGCAGUGGCUCACGCCUGUAAUCCCAGCACUUUGGGAGGCUGAGGCGGGCGGAUCAUGAGGUCAGGAGAUCAAGACCAUCCUGGCUAACACAAUGAAACC